AUGGACACGGACAUGGACGAGUUCAGCAACCCAGGCUGCGGCGGGACGGGCGGCGCCGGCUGCGACUGCCGGGACUGCGAGGACUACUGGAACCACGACCACGGCCACGCCAAGCAGUUCCUCCUCUUCGCCUCCGACCACAAAGAUUUUCUGUGCAUACCGUGGGAGGUCAGAAGACAGCUGAGAAAUGUGAUCACCGACGGCGAGCCUAUCAAACUUGAAGCUCCCGAUGGCCAGAUGCACAGUGUUAAAUUCGUCAAGUUCGGCCUGAUAACUCUUACGACUGGCUGGCGGCGCUUUGUGAAUGCAAAUCGCAUACGACGAGGUGACCCCAUCUUGUUCGUCUACUGUGGGAGCUCCACGUUCAAGGUCCACAUAUGCAGUUCAUCCAGUCACAAGAAUUCUCUGCCCUGUUCUCAACAGCCUCCCAACAUCCUUAGAGCUGUUCCUCCUCAUGAUCGUCAUGUGCUGAAUGAACAAAUGGUGCCUGGUCCUGCACAUGUUGGCUAUACCAUAUCCCUUGGGACCUGGCUAACCAAAGAACAAAAGAAGAAAGUGCUAGAGCUAGCUGAUAGCAGCAUGAGGUCUGAAAUUCCUCUGCAUGUGGCAGCUAUGAUCAAAAGAAAUGCCAACGAGGACUGCUAUGUUUACAUACCGUUGAAGCUUUUGGACAAUUUCAAAGAGGGGGUAACUGAAGCUGCCAUUCAGCUUGAAGCCCAUGGCAACGACAUGGUAUACAGUGUUGGCACAAGCAAGCACAGUGAUGAUCAAGUAAUCCUCCAAUCUGGGUUGAGUCAUUUUGUAGCUUCUCUCCGCAUACAAGACAACGACCUCCUCGUCUUCAGAAACAAGUGGAAAGACCGCCUUGAAGUUCUUGUCCUUGAUCCGAGCGGCUGUGAGAAAACUUGUUUUGCCAUGGGAAACUCUUCAAAUGCUCAGGAGAUUGCUUCGACAUCCUCCCCUUGUACUAAGUCAGGAUACAUCGCUGGCAGGUCGAAUGAAACAAGUUCAGAAGCUCCUAUGUCCAACAAGUCCUACAUAUUACCCGAACGGAAGAACCUAACUAUGCAACAAGAGAAGAAAGUAAAGGAGAAAGUCCGGUCGAUAGGAUCUGAAUUCCCUGUGUUUGUGAAGGUGAUGACGGCACGCGAUUUAUCGAAGCCAACAAAGCUGAAUUUCUGCGUGGAAUAUGCUUCGGCGUGUCUCCCGCUCGAACAAACACCUCUCCUACUUGGGCUGGCGGGCAGCACGAUGCAGUGGCCUACAAUGCUGACCGUCAUGGAAUAUACGAAUUGGAGGAUGAUUUCCUUACUCUGGAAGGACUUUGUCUUGCAGACCGAGAUGAAGGCGGGAGACAUCUGCCUCAUCGAACUGGCAGACAGGAGCAGCGAGAGCCUCAAGAUGAUGGUCCAUCUGAUCCGCAAGUCAGAAAUGCAGCUCUAG